CUUCCUCCCAGCACAUUCCUGCACUCUGCCCGUGUCCACACUGCCCUGAGCCCACCACAGCCUCCAUGUAAGCCCCUUCAGCUAGGUCCUGCCACUGUGCCAACAGGUGGCCCUGGGGCUGGGGGCAGAGGGCUCCCUGCAGGGCACAAGGCCCUGGGAUCUCAGAGGGCCACCCCUUGAGGGUGGCCAGGUCCCCAGCGGCCCACCCGAGCACCAGCUCUGCCCCCAGCCCUGCUGGCCUCCUGUCCCACUGGUCCCCCAGAUGCCUGGCUGAACCCCAGCAGUGGCCCACGCUGCCUCCACCUUUUCCUGGCCUCCCCCGAGGUUGGCGCUGCAGUGGACGACUCCCUGGCACGAGGCAGCUAACGGCAGGGAGGUAUCGGGAGCCGGGAUCAAGCCUUGGUUGGAAGCAGGUGCCUUGGCAUUUAGGAGCAAGACACAGCUACUGGCCCAAGCGACAGCGGCAUGGGCAGCGCCAGCCCCGGCCUGAGCAGCGUGUCCCCCAGCCGCCUCCUGCUGCCCCCUGACACCUUGCUGCGGACAGGCCUGGAAAAGGCGGCCGUGGGGGCAGUGGCCCCUGAGAGACGGGACUGGAGCCCCAGCCCACCUGCCACACCUGAGCAGGGCCUGUCCACCUUCUACCUCUCCUACUUUGACAUGCUGUACCCUGAGGACAGUAGCUGGGCCGCCAAGGGCCCCGGGGCCAGCGCUCGGGAGGAGCCAUCUGAGGACCCUGAGCAGUGCCCGGUCAUCGACAGCCAAGCUCCUGGGGGCAGCCUGGACUUGGCACCGGGGGGGCUGACCCUGGAGGAGCACUCCCUGGAGCAGGUGCAGUCCAUGGUGGUGGGCGAGGUGCUUAAGGACAUCGAGACAGCCUGUAAGCUGCUCAACAUCACUGCAGACCCUGUGGACUGGAGCCCUGGCAACGUGCAGAAGUGGCUCCUGUGGACGGAGCACCAGUACCGGCUGCCGCCUGUGGGCAAGGCCUUCCAGGAGCUGGGGGGCAAGGAGCUGUGUGCCAUGUCAGAGGAGCAGUUCCGCCAGCGCUCACCUCUGGGUGGGGACGUGCUGCACGCCCACCUGGACAUCUGGAAGUCAGCGGCCUGGAUGAAAGAGCGGACUUCUCCUGGGACCGUUCACUACUGCGGUGAGCCAGGGCUGCCAGGGAGGGGCCGGGGCCGGGGCCGGGCUGGAGGGCUGGCUGCGCCCGAAGCAGGGGGCCCCCCAUUCAUCGCCUCCCCCGCCGGCUGCCCAGCCUCGACCAGCGAGGACAGCUGGACCGACAGCGAGGUGGACUCCUCGUGCUCCGGGCAGCCCAUCCACCUGUGGCAGUUUCUCAAGGAGCUGCUGCUCAAGCCGCACAGCUACGGCCGCUUCAUCCGGUGGCUCAACAAAGAGAAGGGCAUCUUCAAGAUUGAGGACUCUGCCCAGGUGGCCCGGCUAUGGGGCAUCCGCAAGAACAGGCCCGCCAUGAACUACGACAAGCUGAGCCGCUCCAUCCGCCAGUAUUACAAGAAGGGCAUCAUCCGGAAGCCAGACAUCUCCCAACGCCUCGUCUACCAGUUCGUGCACCCCAUCUGAGGGCUGCGGGCCAGGCCCUGGGCCUGAAACUCGCCCUUGCCAGUGCCCCCUCCUGCCUGCCCCUGCCUCUGCCAGACCCUGAGCUGAGGGCAGUCUGCUGGCAUCGGAGCCCAAGGUCAGGGAGGGGACAGCCCACUGCUCCCAGGGGUUUAAGUGAGCUCUCAGGGGCCCAAGGGACCCCAGGGUGGGGGUGCAUCCCCCUCAGGCCUGACUGCUCGUGUGCCCAGUCCACUGGAGGAUGGAAGGAACCAGGGAAGGCCGUCCCUCCACCCCAACCUCUGACCCCAGAACGUCCAGAGCAGAGCCAACGGAACAGCAGUGACUUAGCCAAGGCCACUCACAGUCCGGUGCUCCCUGCCACCCAUUCUGCACCAUGCUUGCCAUGGUGCUAGGACACCUCUGCACCCCUGGGUUGGGGAGCCAAGGGUGCUUCUGGGAACGGGUA